AAGAGUGGGCGGUCUCUUGCUGUAAAAGGACUUGAAAAAGCCGUCCAAUCGUCUCCAGGAACCGGACGGCAAGUCCCGCCUCUUCAAGUUGACGGGCAGCGGCUUUAGCCAAUAGCGGGACGAGUUUGUUUGAUUGACGUUGUGGACUGCCCAAUCCGAGGCUGGGUGCUCGUCGAUGGGGCCAGAGGUAGUUCUAGGGGGUUAUUGUUGACGUCUGUAGGGCUGUGAGUCCGGACAGGAAGGCAGACGUCAAUGCGUAAUAUGGCACGCCGACCCCGCAAUAGCCGCGCCUGGCGAUUUGUAUUGAGUGGAGUGCGCAGGGACCAAGACACCCGGGCGCCGUCGCUGCCAGCAGGAGAUGAAGCCUGGGGCUAUGAUUCUGACGGACAGCACAGUAACAGCGACUCUGAGAUCGAGCUCCUCCACUUGCCUCCAUCCAUCCCCAGCGCGGUGCCUGUGACGGGCGAAUCAUACUGUAGCUGCGACAGCCAGAACGAUGCCUUCUGCUCCAGCCUGCACACCUUCCACCAGAUCAAGAGCUGCCAGUGUGGGGAGGAAGAUGACUAUUUUGACUGGGUUUGGGACGACUGCAGUAAAUCCACUGCUACGUUGCUGAGCUGCGACAACCGGAAAGUCAGCUUCCACAUGGAGUACAGCUGCGGCACAGCUGCCAUUCGAGGCAACAAGGUGCUCGGUGAAGGGCAGCACUUCUGGGAGAUCAAGAUGACCUCGCCUGUCUAUGGCACAGAUAUGAUGGUUGGUAUUGGAACAUCGGAUGUGAACCUGGACAAGUACCGACACACCUUCUGCAGUCUGUUAGGGAAAGAUGCUGAGAGUUGGGGUCUUUCCUACACAGGCUUACUCCAACACAAAGGUGACAAAAGCAGCUUCUCCACCCGCUUUGGCCAAGGCUCAAUCAUUGGAGUGCACCUAGAUACCUGGCAUGGAGUGCUGACGUUCUACAAGAACAGAAAGUGUAUUGGUGUAGCAGCCACUCAGCUGCGGAACAAGAAGUUCUUCCCCAUGGUCUGUUCGACAGCUGCAAAGAGCAGCAUGAAAGUAAUCCGGUCCUGUUGCUGCCGCACCUCCCUCCAGUACCUGUGUUGUGCCCGCUUACGCCAGCUGCUUCCUGACUGUGUAGACUCUCUGGAGGCCUUACCUCUCCCGCCAGGUCUCAAACAAGUGCUGAGCAACAAGCUGGGCUGGGUAUUACAGAUGGGAAUCAACCCUUCUAGACAGCGCAAAAGUGACACAGCAGCCGCCGCCUCCUGCUGUAGCGACUCAGACAGCAGCUGCCCGUCAGGAGCAGAGGACUGUCACCGGAAGCGGUGCCGCAGGAUUUAACAGUAGCUAGAGACAAGAGGUGCAGUCACGGUGCCCACCGUCUGCCAUAACAUCCCACUGUGAACUUUUUUUCAAGGACAGAAAAUCUAAAAAUUUACGGACCCCCUAGAUGAACAUAAAUCAUAAAGAGACAGUGGACGCAGGAGCUCUGCUCACACCAUGUCAUUGGGUGGUCUUGGACUAUAAGAUGGUGCUAGACUAAGACAGCCGAAGCCUGGUUUCCGGUUUGGCAUGGCUGUUUUUUCUGCCUUAGGUGAGGCACAAGUUGAAACAUUGGUCUUAAAAGUGAAUAUAAGUUACGCAGUUUCAAGAGGUUGCCAAAGAUUAGAAAUGGGGCUCUCUUUUGUCCACCAAAAAACAGCACCACUCUUCUUUAUUGGUUGUGUCUGGUACUGCAGCUUAGUGCUUUUUAAAGGGAAACUGACAGCAGGGUCACCCUUACUAAUCUGAAUAUAAAAGGUAGAUGAUGCAGUUGUUCCUGUUUCUAACCCUUUUUACUGGAUGAAGCGCCAUCUUGUAAUUCCUUCUUAUGUGCACCGGAAGCUACGGCUGCUGCUGUAUGUGCAAUGCUUUCUCCCGCCCACUCUGGCCGAUAACCUCGCCUCCUUCUGUCAGCACCUCCCCCCUCUUCAUGAAUAUUCAUACUCUCAGUAUGUCAGAAGGAGGAGUUCUCUACGGAGAAGGUGGGAGAAAGCAUAAAACAUACAGCAGCAGCCUACCGUGUACAUACCUGUUAGACACGCCCCCUCCCAUAGACAUGAAUGGAUGGGGUGUGGCCGUGACAUCACGAACACUAUCGCAGGAACCCGGUGUUUGUUUAGAACACCAGGUGCUGCAGGAGAUUGCGGGGACCCCAGCGAUCAGACAUCUUAUCCCCUAGCCUUUGGACAGGGCAGUGGUUUCCAACCUGCGGACCUCCAG